AUGUCAUCUGCGCGGGUCACCUCUCUGACGGAGCCACUGCUUUCGCACCCAGAGGCAGAGAUAACGCCGCUCGAGAUGGUUCAACACGAGAACCCGCGCGCGAUUGGCGUGCAAGCCUCAGCUCUCCUCUUCGUCGGCGUCAUCUGGUCGAUCGUCUUUUCCUCCUUCUCACCCCUCUCCCUACCCCUUUUCGGAUUUCAUCCACUCAUCCAGUCUUUCGCGAUCCUUCUGCUCGUCCAGGCGAUCGUCGUGCUCCAGCGAACGUCGGCUUCCCAACCCGCGGCGAAGAGGUCGGCGUUCAGCGCGCAUCAGUGGCUCAACCUCGUCCUCGUGCUACCGCUCUUCACGGCGGGUGCGAGCAUCAUGUGGUAUCUGCACGACCAGCCAGGCACAGCGCACUUUAUAUCGUACCACGGCAUACUCGGCACUGCGGUGGUGGUGGCCGCGUGGGUGCAGGCUGCGUUGGGGGCGGCAAGUGUGUGGGGCCGGGGAAGGAUGGUGGGUGGAGAAGCGCAGGGGAAGAAGCUGUGGAAAUGGCACCGACUGUCUGGAUACGUGCUGGUGGUGAUGUUUGCGGCGACGGCGGUGUUGGGCGUGGUGGAAACGACGUGGGCGAGCAAGAACGCCUCGAUGGCUCAGACGCUGCUCGUGGUUGUGGCGCUCGCACUGGCUGUGGUGGCACUCGCCAUCCGCAUCCAAAAAAGCAAGCUGCCCAAGUUUUAG